AUGUUCACAGACAACUAUGAGGAUGCUGACUGGCAUCCUCCGACAUCCCUCCUGGAGACACACCCCAACCCGCUCCCAGAUGCCCGACUGGUGAUGCACAGCAGCAACACUGAUGCUGAUAAAGGCACCAACCAAACCUUCAGCCAGACUAUUGGCACAGCUCAGUGCAGCCAGUUCAGCAGCCAGCUGACAUCUAACGGCCAGUGCCGGCUGAUAGCAACACUGCCUCCAGUGGGAACAUCGCAGAAACGCUGUCCAGAUAUGUUUCGCUGCACAGACGACAUCUCCUAUUGGCUCCAUGAGAACCAGAACAGCAAGGAGCAGCUGGAGGAGCUGAGGGAGACGAUGUCAGAGCUGCAGGAGGAGCUGAGGAGCCACCGGCAUCGAGUCAAGUCCCUGGAGAUGCAGGGUGAAGAAAGCUUUAGUCUGAACUCAACCUUCAACCAGAGGCUGCGCUCUCUGGAGCUGCGUCAUGCUGAGGUCGACAUGCUGCUCCAUGUGCACACGGUGCUGCUGCAUGAACUGCAGGUGCAGCUCCACAACCUGUCAGCUACAGUGCAACACAUAAACCAUAACACAGGUUGCACAGUUAAUGUCAUCAGGACGGUACCACCGCUCGGCAUGCGAGAUUCACUGCCACCAGUGUACUUGUAG